CCUUAAACUAUCAACAUGCCUCCAAAAGCAAGUGGUAAAGCUGUUAAAAAAGCCGGCAAGGCUCAAAAAAACAUCACCAAGACUGACAAGUCCAAGAGGAGAAAGAAGAGGAAGGAAUCUUACGCAAUCUACAUCUACAAAGUAUUGAAACAAGUUCAUCCAGACACUGGUGUCUCAUCCAAGGCCAUGAGCAUUAUGAACAGUUUCGUUAACGAUAUCUUUGAGCGUAUUGCUGCUGAAGCUUCCCGUCUUGCUCACUACAACAAGAGAUCAACCAUCACCUCCCGGGAAAUCCAGACAGCUGUUCGUCUUCUUCUUCCUGGUGAACUUGCUAAGCAUGCCGUCAGUGAAGGCACCAAGGCUGUCACCAAGUACACUAGCUCCAAGUAAACAACUGGUCAACCGACACAACAUAAACCAAUCGGCCCUUUUCAGGGCCAUCAAAUUUUUAUAGCUACGAUAAACUUACUCAAUUUUGUGUUACUUACAUUUGUGAUGGGAUAUAUAAAAAUAUAUUUACGACGAAAAUAAAAUUAAAAAAAAAAAAAAGCAAUAAAGAUUGUCUAUCCACCAUGACG